AUCGUCAUGUCGUCUGAGCAGCACACUCAUAUUCCGCUAACCCUACGCUCUGCACUCAAGCAGCAUUCUCGCUCUAGUUCUCCUUCCAUUCCCUCCCCUGCCCCCUCCUCCCCAUCCCUGUCCCCUGCACUCCGCCCCUCACCACUUGCCCUCCCACCCCCAGCAUCGUCCCUUCCUCCAACCAUGAACUCAACAGGGACCUCCACUCCAUCAAUAUCGCGUUCUCCCUCAGUAUCCACAGCCUUACCGACAACAACCACAGUCGCAGCACAGGGAUAUACACCAAAGGUGUCAUUCGAUACCUUUGAAAACCCUGCUGCCUCCAUGUUUUCGUUCACACUACAUGUCCAAUCUGAUGGUUACGCCAGAAAUAGAGCUACUAGAGUCUUCCUUUGUGCAUCUAGCCCGGAUGAAAGUGGUCGUCAGGCAUUAGACUGGUCGUUGGAAUCGUUGGUACAAGAUGGCGAUGAACUCAUUGUUUUCAGAGGCGUUGACGCAGAGGAUUUAGAGAAAGACCAUGAAGUUGUACGUGACGAAGCACGCGAGCUCAUGCGCCGAAUUCAAGAGAAGUGUGUAGAGUACGAUCCGGAUCGCAAGCUCUCUAUCAUAGUCGAAAUAAUCGCUGGCAAGGUUACCACGACGAUCGACCGCUUGAUAGCGCUCUAUAGACCAGACUCCGUGGUCGUCGGCACGCGGGGUCAGCGUGGCAUGAUACAGGCUUGGGGUGCAGCUUUUGGUGCCCCUGGGGUUGGUAGUGUAUCAAAGUACUGCUUAUCUCACUCUCCUGUUCCCAUCAUCGUGGUGAGACCAGAGCGAAAUGUGAAGAAAGUGGUUGCCAAGAGAAGGGCGGACCCUAAACGAGGCACCCAUUUCGAUGAACUUACAAGGACCAAGACACAAAACAUACAAAGUUUGCCCAUGUCAUCGCCUUAUACGCGGUGAUCAGCUUCGUUGGCUGUGUGCACCUCGUGGCGCCAAUGUUGCUUGGGGUCAUCCCUGAUGUUUACUAUACCUUACUGUCAUCCUCUCGAUAUUUAGGGAGUAUGACAAUCAGUUUCUGAUUGCGUUAGUCACUCAUCACCUCUCCUCAUUAUAAUUCAGACUCGUAUCAAUGUAUUGUAUUGUAGUCAUAAUGUCAUUUUGUGUAUAAAUUUGAAUGUACGUAUCUGGGUAAUCAGGUACUGUUGUAUGUAGUGUAGCUUGAGCUAGUACGGAGCUAUAUAUUUUAUGUGUUUGGGAU